AUGAAUAAUUCGUCUAAAAUACCUAUAACAUCUUCCUUAUCAUCGAUUACAACUACAGAUAAUAUACAACAACAACAAACAAUAGUGAAAAAGAAACAAAAACGAAUUAAACGUUGUCACGGUGAUCGAAAAAAACAACGUUAUAGAAAGAAAUGUCGUGCAAAGGGUAUGAAACCAGCUACUAUUGCUAAACGAGAGAAGAAACGAUUUAAGGAUAAUAAUAAUCCAACUACACAACUAGUAACUACAAACGAUGAUAAAGUAAAGAAUAAUUCUGCAACUGCUUCAUCAAAUAAACGUAAACGAGAUUUAACAAUUAAUCAAGUAGUCAGAUCAGCAAGCCAAUUAAGUAUUACAACAUCACCACCUAAAAAAAUGACCAAAACAAAGAUUAAUAAUGCCACAACAACAACAACAGCUACUGCUACUACUACAUCAAUGGUUACGCAUAAUGAUAAUAUAUAUCGAUGUGCACCAUAUUUGAAACGAACAUCAUCAAUACUUUUACAAGCUCUACGUCUACAAUUGGAACAUCCAUUAAAGAAAAAAAUCGAACAAAGAUUCAUUUUUCAACGUCUUGAAUUAUUAGAUAAACAAUUCUGUUUAGAAUUACAUCGAUUUCUAUGGCAAUCUUACUUGAAUAUAGGCUCACAAGAACACUCACAACAAUAUACAUGGCCAGAUGAAAUCCAUACUAUGUUUCAAACUAAAGAUUCACGUUUAUGUUAUCAAUCUAUUGAGAAAUAUAUUUAUGGUAUUCAAUAUCAAUUAGAUCAAUGUAAUAAAAUAUUAAUGGAACAAAAUCCAACAUGUCCAGAAAGUAUUUCUAUUGAUAUGUGUGACCUACGUUUAAAGAAAUAUAUCGAAUCACAACAAAAACAAUUUCAUAAAAAAAUCAAUCAUCAAUUAUCUAAAUUCAAAGAGUGUAUUCAAGAAAAACAAUUCUAUCAUACUUUAUUCAAUGAUAAUCUUACACAAGAUCAGGAUAAAACUAUACAUCAAUUAGUAAACAUACAAGAUGAACAGUUGAAUUGUUGGAAAGAAUUACUUAAGUUAGAACAACAUAUUCUAUCGAAAUUUUUAGAUAAAAAUUUUGAUCAUUUACAAAAUUUUAUUACUUCAAAUGUCUUCUAUUCACCAAUCAUUGCUGAUGAUGAUUCUAUUGUUACAUAUCAAUUAAAAAAUGUCAAAACUUUACAAGAAUCAAAACGUAUAUGGUUAGAUAUUUAUCUACAAGUAUAUAUGUUAAAAAUUCAACAACAUGAUCAACAUUAUCAAUAUGAAUUCAUUCAAUUGAAACAAUGUUUAAAUAAUACUACUGAAUCAACAGAACUAUUUCAAUCUAUUCAAACAUAUCUGACUCAACGAAGUAAUCGAUUAAAACAAGAAAUCUAUUUAGAAAUCAAUUAUUUUGAAAGAAAAUUAACACGUCGUCGUCAUCAAUAUUCAUCUAAAACGAAACAAAUGAUUGGUGUUUCACCUGAAGUUAUUCUUGAUGUUCAUCCUCGUCAACAAGAAUUGAACUCUGUUGAACGUGAAUAUCUUUGUCGAGGUGGCAGUUAUAUUCGACCAAAUCGUACGAUUCUUCAUCCUUAUGCCGAACGUAAAAAAUUAGUUCAAAAAGAACAUGAUACAAUUUUUAAUAAAACUAAACAGUUUCUUUUAAAAUCUUGUCAAUCAAUACCAAGCGCAUCACCUCUUUUCAAACAAUUUUCUGAACGUCUUCAUACUUGUUUAACUCUUCAUUAUAUGACAACAAUACCUUAUAAGGAUCAUGCUCGUGCUAAACAAGAACGUGAAAUUAUUAAAUCUAUUCGACGAAAAUUAAAACGUAACAAACUUAUUCUUCGUCAAUGUGAUAAAAGUGGAAAUCUCUAUGUCGGUGAAAAAAGCAUUUUUGAACAAAAAGCAACACAAUAUCGUGUACAAACAGGUGCUUAUGAAGAAUUAUCAUCUAAUCCAUUGGAAGAUAUUCUAAUGAAAGUAACUCGUUUACUCAAUGAUCUUCAUGCGAAAACCAAAGAUUUAUCACCUAAACAAUAUAAAAAAAUGAUGCCCUUAAGAAAAAACGUCAGAUUAGCUCACAUGUAUUUUAAUCCAAAAACACAUAAAGAUCCUGUUACACUUCGACCAAUUAUGAAUACAAUUCAUGCUGCAACAACAGGUAUAUCUCAUUUUUUAGAUGACUUAAUUCGACCAUUAUUUAAUAAACAUGCUCAACCAAAACCAAUUGCUGAUGGUAAUAGUCUUCUUCGUCAAUUAGAACAAUAUGCUGAAAAUGGUUAUCUUCAACCAACAACUCUUUUUUGUACUUUCGAUAUUACUAAUUUAUAUACAAUGUUACCACAACAUGAAUCCUUAGAUAGUCUUGAAAACUUUCUUCGUCACUAUAAUUUAGAAAAAGACUUACAAGGUAUAUCAAUUAACGUUAUUCGACAAUUAGCUGAAACUGUUUUGAAAGAAACAGCGUUUUUUUAUGACAAUAAAUAUUACAAACAGAUAGUUGGUGGAGCUAUGGGAUCACCAUUUACUUUAACAUUAGCAAAUAUUUUUAUGUGGCAAUGGGAAAAUAAUAUCAUAUGUAAAAAAUUAAAACCUAAUGAGAUCUGUGGACGAUAUAUUGAUGAUAUGUUCUUUACUUCAAAUGAAUCUAAAGAAACAAUUGAAGGUAUACUAAAAGAUGCGAAUGAUUUUCAUCCUAAUAUUAAAUUAGAAGCAAAUAUUGGCCAUAGUGUUUCAUUUCUUGAUCUUUUAAUUACUAAUCAAAAUGGAAAUCUUGUAUCAUCUGUCUAUCAUAAAUUAGCUGCAGAACCAUGUGUUAUACCAUUUAAUUCUGAUCAUACUCGUCAUACUUUUGGUAAUAUCAUUCAAGUUAUUCUUCUUCGAGCAAUACGUUAUUCUUCUACAUUGGAAAGUUUUCAAAAAGAAUAUCGUAGAACUCGAUUAAUGCUCUUAUACAAUGGGAAAUUAUUAGCUCAAUCAUCUGUAAAAGAGAUUCAAAUAAAUCGUCAAAUCGAUAGUAUAGGAAUCAAACAAACUGAUAAACCUAAUAAAUUCGAUAAAACUUUAUUUCUUCAUUAUACACAUGAAAAACGAUUGGAACCAAUAAAACGAGAUAUACAUAAGAUUUAUUCAGAUGUUUUUCAAGGUACUGAAGCCGAAAGUAUGCGACUAAUUAUUGGACAUCGAAAUAGCCGUAAUCUUGCACGUGAAUUAAUUAGAACCAGACCAUACGCUUCUUUUAUUAAGUUACCAUCAACUAAAAAAUCAAAUGUUGAAGCUUUAUGA